CAACACCGCACUCAAUUUUCUUCUACUACUUAUUAUUACUUCUUAUAUUCUCUUUUCUCUAUAAUAUAUCUAUUUCCUUUUUAAUUUCUACAUAUAGAGAGAGACCAAAAAAAAAAGAUUCUAAGGAAAGAAAGAAAAAUAUAUACUUUUAUUGAUAAGAAAAUGAAAGGAAAAUAUAUAGAAGAAAGAAAAAACCAGUCUAACAAUAUCUACAUGUUUGCUAAACUUCAUCAAACACAAAAUUUCCACCAUCACCAUCAACCGCCACCAUCACAACCUGCAGCAUCCACCGCAGCACCGCCGCCUACAUCCGCCAACGACGGCGCUACCAUCGAAGUCAUCCGCCGUCCACGUGGCCGUCCACCCGGGUCGAAAAACAAACCCAAACCCGAAUCCAAUUUCAUCUUAACAACACGUGAUGAUCAUGUGGAAAAACCCACCAUGAGUCCUUACAUCCUCGAAAUUCCAAUCGGAGCUGAUAUUAUCGAUUCGAUUUAUCGAUUUUGCGGGAAUCAAAAUAUGGGUCUAUGUAUUCUAAACGGGUCGGGUACUGUUACAAAUGUUACUCUUAAACAACCUUCAAUUAACCCAGCUGAUUCUACAAUUACCUUCCAUGGAAGCUUCAAUAUUCUUUCAAUUUCAGCUACAAUUAUUCCAAGUGAUUUUUCUAGGGUUCCAAAUGGGUUCAGUAUUUCGUUAGCUGGGCCACAAGGUCAAGUUGUUGGCGGGCCUGUAAUUGGGCCGCUUUUAUCAGCUGGGCCUGUAUGUUUAAUUGCUGCGACGUUUAAUAAUCCUUUUUAUCAUAAGUUUCCGGCGGGGGAUGACGGCGACGGCGGUCAUUCGCCGGUUUCAGAUGCCGGAGAUAGUGGGCCUUCACCGGGAUCAACUCAUCAGGAGUAUUGUUAUAGUUCUAAUCAGUUGCCAUCGGAUGUGAUAUGGGCACCUACUGCUAGACAACCACUGCUUUACUGAUUCAGAAUCGUAUUUAAAAUUUAAAGUUUAUGAGUUAAAUUAUUUAAAAAUUUAUUUCGUGUUUUAAUAUAAUAGGUUUAAAACAUAUUAGAUUUUAGUAAAUAUUUAAAAUAUAUAAAAUUUAAGUCAAAGCUACUAUUAAUUAAUGUACUGGCUUUGACAUUUUG